GGAGGGGCUAGUGAAAUUAAGGAGACUGCAAGUUACAAUGAAAACCUUGCUUUGCAAGAGAACUAGAGGGUGACUGGAGCGAGACACACAAUGUCCCAACCGAUUUGGAAGUAGCACACGCAUCAGCCUGUAGCCUGCAAUCUUCUUAGUCCUGACUUAAAUAACAUCUUGCAAUUUAAAGUCGUUUCGGGACUUACUCUGGACAUUCGUGCUGUUGAGAAUAGUUUUGAGCACUCGCACCAUGGAGUACACCUCUUCCCCAAAGCCUCAGCUCUCUUCUAGGGCGAAUGCUUUCUCCAUAGCCGCACUCAUGUCAAGUGGGAAAUCCAAGGAGAAGGAGUCGGAGGAAAAUACCAUCAAGCCGCUGGAACAAUUCGUGGAGAAGUCGUCGUGUCAUCCAAACCUCGCAGACCUGCCUUCGCUGGAAAGCCACGGUGACUUCAGCAGCAGCUGCAGCAGCGGCGGCGGCGGCGGCGUUCCGUUAUGUACCGAGCCGCUUAUUCCUACCAGCCCCGGCGUGCCCAGCGAGGAGAUGGCCAAGAUCUCCUGCAGCCUCGAGACGAAAGAACUGUGGGAUAAGUUCCACGAACUCGGCACGGAAAUGAUUAUCACAAAAUCUGGAAGACGAAUGUUUCCGACAAUUCGUGUAUCAUUUUCCGGAGUGGAUCCGGACGCCAAAUAUAUCGUACUAAUGGAUAUCGUUCCGGUGGACAAUAAGAGAUAUCGAUAUGCCUAUCAUAGAUCCUCGUGGCUUGUGGCGGGAAAGGCAGAUCCACCUUUACCUGCUAGGUUGUACGUGCAUCCAGAUUCGCCUUUUACAGGAGAACAGCUAUUGAAACAAAUGGUUUCUUUCGAAAAAGUGAAGCUUACAAACAACGAACUGGAUCAGCACGGACACAUCAUCCUGAACUCCAUGCACAAGUACCAACCACGAGUUCAUAUCAUCAAGAAGAAAGAUCACACAGCGUCACUUCUUAAUCUAAAGUCUGAGGAGUUUCGUACAUUUGUCUUCACUGAGACAGUUUUCACUGCGGUCACUGCUUACCAGAACCAGCUGAUAACCAAACUGAAGAUUGACAGCAACCCUUUUGCCAAAGGCUUCAGAGACUCCUCCAGACUCACGGAUAUUGAGAGUAGGGAAAGUGUUGAGAGUUUGAUCCACAAGCACUCUUACGCCCGGUCGCCCAUUCGGACUUAUGCUGGUGAUGAGGAAACCCUGGGUGAAGAUGGGCACUCGGCGCACAGCAGAGGUUCAGCAUUCACUGCAUCGGACAACCUCUCCCUCAGCUCCUGGGUCACCACCACGUCUGGCUUCUCCGGCUUUCAGCACCCUCAGUCUCUGUCUGCCAUCGGAACCAGCACAGCGUCUCUGGCCAGUCCUCUUCCUCACCCCAUCCAGGGCUCUCUACCCCCUUACAGUCGACUGGGCAUGCCUCUCACCCCGUCCGCCCUGGCCGGCUCCAUGCAGGGCAGCGGGCCGACCUUCCCCUCCUUCCACAUGCCACGCUACCACCACUAUUUCCAGCAGGGGCCCUACGCCGCCAUCCAGGGACUGCGCCAUUCUUCCACAGUCAUGACCCCGUUCGUAUGAUUCCUGCCACUUCAGCCUGAUAAGAUUUCCCAAUCACCGGCAUGCGAAGACAUACGGCACCCGUACACACAUGCUUACACAAAAGGAAAAACCACAUGUAAAUAAUAUUGACUGACACAGCAUUGACUAACGACCCGGACGUGCUGCUUCUCGCAGUUGUGCUGGAGAAAAAGUGAAUGAAAUGCCCAGCGGACGCGGAUUCUUGUAAAACAGAACUUCAAGCAUGAGUUUUUAGUGUUGAUAAGAGACUCAGAAAUUAGUCUUCAUCUGCAAAUGUGUUAAUGCUACCUUUAAAGGGACAGUUCACCCAAAAAUGAAAAUUCUGUCAUUAUUUAAUCACCCUCAUGUCAUUCCAAACCUGUAUGACUUUCUAUCUUCCGAAGAACAUAAAAGAAGAUAUUUUGAAGAAUGUUGAUAACCAAACCGUUUAGAUUCCCAUUGACUUCCAUUGUAUUUCUGGUCCAUACAAUGAAAAGCAAUGGGAACUGAAAGUGGUUACAAACAUUCUUCAAAAUAUAUAUAUAUAUAUUUUGUGUGUUCUGGAAGUCAGUGGGAAUCAACUUUCUUCAAAAUAUCUUUUUUUGCAUUCCACAAAAGGAUAGAAAUUCAUACAGGUUUGGAACAACAUAAGAGUGUGUAAAUGAUGACAGAAUGUAAUUUUUAGGUAAACUGUUUCUUUACAGAUUCAUCUCAUGCCUUUAUCGCCACCCAGAGUCAGAUGAGGGAGAAGGUAACUCACUGAAUGUAACACUGGACUACUGCUGUUUCUCAUUCCCCGUGAUCCAUCACCUCUUAAUGAUAUGAUACAGUAUCUGUGGAGCUGCCAACCACUCAGCCCUCCUGUUCAAACUGUGGACACUAGAGGGCGCUGUGCUAUUUGAAAACUGCAAUACUGGAUGGAAACAGCAUACAUGUGUACAUGCUGGACAGCCUGGUUUUAUCUUUCAGAAAAGUCAUUUUAUUGUAUUUUAUAUUUAAAGAGACGAAAUUUCAUUUAAAGAAAUGAAAAUUCUGUCGUUUACUCAUAUUGAUCUAACACUAAAAAGAUAUUUUGAAGAAUGUUGGUAACCAAACAGUAUCGGUUUCCUUUGAGUCCCGUUAUAUUUUUUUGUCCAUACAAUGGAAUUUAAAGAGAACUUGAACUGUUUGGUUACUAUUCUUCAAUAUGUGUGUUGGAACGGCAUGAGGUAAACUAUGACAAAACGUUAAUUUCUGGGUAGACUGUCCCUAAUAAUUUGUUAAUCUGUCCUCAGCGAGAAAAACUAUAAAUUAACAUAAUUUCAUUAAAAGACACAAUGAGGGUGAACUGCAAUUGAUAUGAACCAGUGGACACGUGAGGCCAUUUCUAUAAGUCAGAAAUCCAGAGUAAAAUGGACAGAUUUCUGUUUUGUAACUGGCUUAUAUUUCUUUCCAGUGCCACAAACUGAGCUUUAUCCACUCGAGGCUGCUUGUCGACAGCCAGCUUGCAGGAAGUCUACACCUGUAAAUAAUGGGCUAACUUUUAAAUAAUCGGCUUGUCUUCCCCAGGGGAACUAGGGAAAUUGGGUGAUUUGUGGCUGAAGCGUUCCUAUUUGUACAGUCACAUUGACAACCAUUCAUCAACAUCCUGUAACCAAAUCACAGAGAAACAGCGCAUGCUGUAAUAGCCAGAUGAAGAGGAACUGGUGUGUGUGUGUGUAUGUGUGUGUGUAAGUGUGAGGAACUUAAUGUUGCUGCGGUUUUUAUUUAUCCUUCAAAUUUAAACAGAACAGACAAGCAUAAAUACACAAACAGAGCCACACAAUGCUUUUCAGGGUUGAGGGUGUUUUAUUCAGAUUGAAUGUGUUGUCUAAAGUAAAACUGAUUAAAAAAAAAAAAAAUAUGUGCCCACCAUUUCAAGCCUUUGAUUUGUUAUGAACAGACUGUACAAACAGUUAUGUAGUUGCAAUAUAUUAGCAAAUGUUUUCUCUUUAUUCCUUUUUUUUUUUUUUUUUGUUUGUUUGUUUGUUUGUUUGUGUGUAUUUCUACGUUAGAUGUAU